AUCCGGUUGUGGAAGAUCCUUAUUCCUGUACUCUGAACAGUUGCAUAGCUGUGAUUGUUUCCUGUUUCCCUGUUGACGGUUCCUUGUGCCUCCGCGGUAUCGCCUGCCGAUUCAAAGUUGCGACAGUUAAAGGCACAUAUACAUGGAUCCUGAGUCUCCAAAUGUACUGUACUUCUUUUAUGCACAACUAUAGCCAUGUCACAGAAAGCGCUAGUGCGCAACGGUUUCGGCCGUAUCCGAUGACUUCGAGAUUUAACCAUGUCGCAGUGACCACCGUGCGAAUCUUCUCGUUUUUUUAUGGAGUUUAGAGGCAGAAACUAAGUUUUUGAUUUUUUCUGUAAUUACCUUAGCCAAACAAAAAUUGGUCAAUGCUGGAUCCGAAAACGUCAACAGCCAAGAUUCGGCAAGCACGGGAUCACAUUAUGCCCUUGCAUAAUUGCGAAAUCCGCUUUGCCGAUGUUUCGUCCUUCAAACUCCUAUGGCGCUGAACACCGCAUCCCAUGAUAGCACAGUGUGUCACUGCCAAAAUUAAUCCUGUGAUAUCAUGCAGCUGCUAUCAUGUUGUGCCGGUUAAUCCAGUUUGUGGCUAGACAGCUGAUCCCUGAUCGUUUCCGGUGUAUGGUCAGCAGGUUGGCAUCCAUCGCAUGGGCAGCCUUUAUGGCUUCCUGCUGCUUCAUGACUUUGGCGAAUUGUGUAAAAUCUACCUGGCCCACUUUGCCGUCGCGACAUAUUUGUUUGAAUUUAGUCAAUGACCUUUUGCACAAUCCAGUGGAUAUCACGGAGAUACUGCACACAGGCAAACUGUUAAUAGCCGAACGAGACGGAAAAAUUCAACUGAUCGAUGUGCACGACGCCAAGUCAUUUGCUCUUUCUCCCGAAUUAAUUUUGGAUAUUUCUGAUAAAGUUCUUGCAAAGGGAGAUCAUAUGGGCGUUCUAGGAAUUGCGGUUCAUCCGAGGUUUAAGCUCAACGGAUUUGUUUUCAUUAUGUACAGUGCGGAAACUGAUGAUAGGGAAUUUCAUCAUCGGCAGCGGAUCAGCCGUUUUGCAUUAUUAUCCACGAACGGAAGUGAAAUCGACAAAUUUAGUGAAACAGUUCUCCUGGAAAUCUACCAAUCGGCACCUACAGGAGGGCAGAUAUGGUUUGGCUCCGAUGACCACCUUCUACACAUUGCGGUGGGAGAUGGCAGUCGUUCGCGACGUAGUCGGUUUGAUCGUGGAAUGCAUAGCGGAAAAAUUCUGCGGAUCAAUGUCGACGUGGAUCUCUCAAGAGAUGGAAAUGUUCCUUAUAAGAUACCAGAUGACAAUCCGUUUGCUCACCAACCUUCAACACUGCUUCCAGAAGUGUUUGCCUAUGGACUACAAAACCCAUGGAGAUGUUCGGAAGAACGCCGCGAGAUGAAAAGAGGCAUAUCCUCUUGCGCAGGCACCGCUCAAAUCCGCAUUAUUUGCAUCGACGUAGGCCCCAAGUUUUCCGACUUCAACAUCAUCCAGAAAGGCGGUAUGUACGGGUUUAUGGACGAAGCUUUUAGUCCUUGUCAUGACUUGGAUAACUGUCGAAAUACAACAAAGCUGAAGUCGGAGUUUCGCCUGCCCAUCUGCCGCUAUCCAGGUGUCGCCGUGGGAGGCGUCUUCUACAAUCCUUGGAAUUCUUAUUUAUUUGCGGAUUACAUGCGAGGGUCGCUUCAUUACUUGAAGCCGACAGGCUCAGGUUCCGUUUGGAUGCGCGGUCCCGUCGAAGUGGUGGACAACGAAACGUGUGCGCCUGCUCAUCGACCCUUAACGCAUCAAACGGUGCUUAAUUUGCAUCAGGUUUCCGAUCGGAUACUGUACAUGUUGACAGUAUCCAACGAUCAGACUGCCGAGCCUAACGGCCAUCUCUACCGGAUCUCCAUGCCCAAAUGGGGAUCGCUCUCCAAAAGGACCGGCAAUACGGCCAGCCAACUCACGGUCAACUGCCCAAUUUUUGUAAACAUUUUGUGCCUGUUAUAUUUAUUUUUCCUGCUACGGCAAGAUUCUUUUUUAUCUGCACUAACAAGAGUAAUAAUUCCGUAAGUACUUCGACCAACUUUGUGAUACUGUCGCCCAGUGUAGCCUGCAUUUAUUUCUUGUCCAAUAUAAUGACCUUUUUUGUUAAAAAUGUACUAUCUGAUUAACCACAGACACUACAAAACGAUGGUCAACACAAACACCAAACGAAGAAUUUAUAUUAACGGGUAACUUGAAUUUACGAUAAACAUAGCGAUACAUGCACGUACUUCACAAAUUAUCCAGUUG